UGCUGUGACUGUACUGCGGACCGAUCCGGGGCUGUCGAACGCCCCGCGGGCCUGCGGAGUUUGUCAUCACAUCCACCAAGCGGCGCUUCAGCCCGGCUCCACCAGCAGGAGCUGGCCGUGGCUGAACAUGUCCACAGAGGAUCGUAUUACACUACGCCCCAUCUUUAAGCCGGAGUGAAUGCGCCGUUAGCCGGAGGAAGACAGGGGUGUGAGAUAGUCCGCCGAAGGAGCUAGAGGGGGGUGGGGGUCAACGCCUAUGCCUUGGAAAAGGGCAGAGUAGCAAUCUGCUGUUGAUAGUCAAGAAUUUGCGACAUGAUCGAAACAAUGGAUACGCAGCGUGCCUUGCAGGCGGUGGAGCGUCUCCAGGCCAGACUGAAGGAACGGGGGGAGGUGCCCACAGAGGAGAAGCUGAGCCUGCUCAAGUCGGUGCUGCAGAGUCCCCUCUUCCAUCAGAUCCUUGCUCUGCAGAAGUCCGUCCAGCACCUCAAAGACCAGGGAAAUAUCCCGUCUUCACUUGGAGGAGACCACAGUGAGCCGGUCAUAGCAGCGAAGCCCAAUGGCAGCCAUCUCUCCUACCCAGAUACCUCCACUGUGCCACAUGCCAAUGGCAAGCCAACAUCUGAAGAAUUUGAGCACACCAUUCAGUCAAUGGCACAGGGACGCUAUGUGACACAUGUGGAGCUGCUCAAGCCGGUUUCUGGAGGUCUGGGUUUCAGCGUGGUCGGCCUGAAGAGUGAGAACCGUGGGGAGCUCGGCAUCUUCAUCCAGGAGAUCCAGCCCGGAAGUGUGGCGCACUGUGAUGGGAAGCUAAGAGAAGCUGACCAGAUCUUGGCCAUUAAUGGCCAGCCGCUGGACCAGACAGUGACCCACCAGCAGGCCAUAAGCAUCCUGCAGAGGGCUUCGGAGAAGGUACAGCUGACUGUGGCCAGAGGGCCAAUACCUCAGCUGGCCAGCCCCGUGGUGUCCCGCACGCCCUCUGCUGCCAGUACACUGUCAGCCAACUCCAGUGCGUGGCAGCAUGUUGAAACCAUUGAGCUAGUGAAUGAUGGCACUGGGCUUGGUUUCGGCAUCGUUGGGGGGAAAACCACGGGUGUUAUUGUGAAAACCAUCCUUCCAGGAGGCAUCGCUGACCAGGAUGGCCGUCUGCACAGUGGAGACCACAUUCUGAGGAUUGGGGAAACAGAUCUUUACGGUAUGGGUAGUGAACAGGUGGCCCAGGUCCUCCGGCAGUGUGGCAACAGGGUUAAGCUGGUUGUCACCAGGGGUCCUGUGGAUGAAAAUCCCACCGCCCCUGCCGUCAUUCCUGUGGUCCUGCCCACUGUCAACGAACAACAGGGAUACGAAGAGGAGGAAGCGGAGGCCUUUGACGUGAGGCUAACCAAGAAUACACAAGGACUGGGGAUUACCAUUGCUGGCUAUGUGGGAGACAAAAAUUCAGAGCCCUCCGGUAUUUUUGUUAAGAGUAUAACUAAAGACAGUGCUGUUGAGCAAGAUGGCCGUAUUCAUGUGGGAGACCAGAUCAUUGCUGUGGAUGGUGUGAACAUCCAGGGCUACACCAACCAGCAGGCGGUGGAGGUCCUGCGGCACACAGGCCAGACGGUCCAUCUCCAGCUGGUCCGGCGGGGCUUCCGGCCUGAGGAGAUCCCCCCUGCUGUGACCCCCAGCGUCACCAUCCUCCCCCCCUGCACCACCAUCCCCACCACCACCACUGUCAUGAGGGAACUUGAGCUGGAGAAGACGAUAAGUGAGGAGAUCGCUCAAGCCACUACAGAUGAGAAGCAGCUCGAGUCACAGACUGAGGGAUCUGAUUUCAGCCCAGCCAAGGAUCAGCUAACACAGGAGAUAGAAGGGAUCGAGCUUACAGCCUUUGACGAGCAAGAGCUAAUGAAGAAGUGGCAGGACAUUCUGGGUCCAAGUAAUGAAGUUGUAGUGGCCCAGGUGGAGAAGUUCAGCGAGAGCAGUGGACUUGGGAUCAGUCUAGAGGCCAACAGUGGCCACCAUUACAUCCGCUCUGUCCUGCCUGAAGGACCAGUGGGGCGCUGUGGGAAGCUAUUCAGUGGAGACGAACUGCUUGAGGUCAAUGGCAUCUCUCUGAUUGGUGAGACCCACAAGGAAGUGAUCAGCAUCUUGAAGGAGCUUCCAAUUUGUGUGUACAUGGUUUGCUGUAGGCCCGCCCCUCAUCUGCAGACUGACAUGGACACUGCCCAAACAGGAUUAGAGAUGUUAUCCUCAACGUCUAUGAAACAAAUAGAGCUCAGCAGUUUCCAGGUUCCAGAAGACUCCGAGGUGAGAGCGGAUGCGGCGGCUGUAAAGGAUAAUGUGACAGAGGAGACGCCCGGAUCUCCUCUGGCCAUGUGGGAGUCCGAGAUCCAAAAUAUCGAGCUGGAGAAGGGAGAAGGGGGACUGGGAUUCAGUAUCUUGGAUUACCAGGACCCGACUGACCCUGCCAAGACAGUUAUUGUGAUACGCUCUCUUGUUCCCAACGGCGUGGCGGAACAAGACGGGCGGCUGCUGCCAGGAGACCGUCUCAUGUUUGUCAACAGCACUAACCUGGAGAACGCCAGCCUGGAGGAAGCCGUUCAGGCCCUGAAGGGGGCCAAACUCGGCAGGGUCCAAAUAGGAGUGGCCAAACCGCUGCCUAUUGAAACCAGUGAGGCAGAUCUAUCGGAGAACAAGGUGUUAGAACAUAGCUUCUCUGCAAUAGAGGACGACACCUUCCAGGCAUCUAUGAUUGCGCUCCAUGGUAGUACCUGUGGCUCAGACCUGGAUUACCAGAUGAAUCUGCACGUGUCCACGCCCAAGCUGACGGCUCGCCUGGACCUGCUGGAUGACCACCCCUCCUUUACGUCUGUGUGCAGCCUUGCUGACAACACCGAUCCCUUCUCUCCGGAGAAGUUGGUCUCUUUAACUCCCCCUAGUUUAAGGGGCCACGUCGGAGAGAUCGAUACAUUACGGAGUAACUCCGAUCAGUACCUGGCACAGCACUCAACCCAAGAGGAUCCAAGGGAUUGCUCAAAAACAUACAGCCCAUAUGCUGAGAUAGGAACCCGAUUGAAUGUUAUCGACGAACCACUGGAGUCACUCCAUUUCCACAUGGAGCCCACCAUCUCCAUUGGAGACAUUGGGGAAAUAAAGGUUUUGAUGAAGGAUGAAGACAUCGAUGUGAUGGAAUCAGAGAAGGAUGGUGAAAAGGAACUGGUGACCUCAGGGAGCACUUUUGAAAGGACCAUCACAGUUGUCAAGGGCAACUCCAGUCUAGGAAUGACGGUGUGUGCCAUGAAAGACGGUUUGGGAAUGCUGAUCCGCAGCAUAAUACAUGGUGGUUCCAUUAGCCGGGACGGACGUCUGGGGGUGGGAGACCUCAUCCUGGCCAUCAAUGGGGAGCCUACUGUCAACUUAUCCAAUGCCCAGGCCCGGGCAAUGCUCCGGAGACACUCUCUUAUUGGACCAGACCUAGGAUCUGCUUGUGCACCUGAGGACGAUCUGUGCCCCUUUUAUGUCAUUACCUAUGUCCCAGCAGAGUAUCUGGAAGAGUACAAGGCUAGCCUAGAGCCUAAAGAUGAUGUCUUCUCUGAGGUGACCCCGGUCCCAGCUGCACAAGGAGACAUCCCCAACCUCCCUGAGCGGGAAGAUGGAGAGGGAGAGGAGAGCGCCACUUACAGCAACUGGAACCAACCCAGGAAGGUGGAGCUGUUCAGAGAAGCAGGCAAGUCCCUGGGCAUCAGUAUUGUUGGGGGCCGAGGGAUGGGCAGUCGGCUGAGCAAUGGAGAGGUGAUGAGGGGCAUUUUUAUCAAACACAUCCUGGAGGACAGUCCUGCCGGACGCAAUGGGACCCUGAAGACCGGCGACAGGAUUGUAGAAGUUGAUGGAGUAGACCUGAGAGAUGCCAGCCAUGAGGAGGCUGUGGAAGCCAUCCGCAGGGCGGGAAACCCUGUCUCGUUCUUGGUCCAGAGUAUUAUCCACAGGCCCAGGUCGUCUACAACGGACUCCAGCGAGGAGAGAGCUGCAGCAAUAGAGAGCGCCAACAAAGACAAGCUGGCGAAGCGGGAAGCAGGGAAGGUGUCACCCAGCAGUCCUCUGCUCCCCCUCCCUGUGGUGCCCCAUGUGGGAGAGACAGACACAGACACCCUGACAGAGAUCCCAGAUGUGCCUGCCGAGGCUGAGGAAGAGGAAGAUGAGUAUGGAUAUAACUGGAAGAAGAUAAUCCAGCGCUAUGGCGGCCUCCCAGGAGUUCUCCACAUGAUUGAGCUGGAGAAGGGCAAGACGGGGCUGGGCCUCAGCCUGGCGGGGAACCGGGACCGCUCUCGCAUGAGCGUGUUUGUGGUGGGGAUAGACCCCAACGGGGCAGCCGGCCAGGACGGACGCAUGGUCAUCGGGGAUGAACUGCUGGAGAUUAAUGGUCAGAUCCUGUAUGGCCACAGUCACCAAAAUGCAUCCUCCAUAAUCAAGAGCUCACCAUCAAAAGUCAAAAUCAUCUUUGUCAGGAACACAGAAGCACUGAACCAGAUGGCUGUGGGACCAGUCAGAGAGCACGAGGGAGACGCAGUGGAGCCCCACACUGAGCCAGAGUCAAGCACUUCUGCCGGCGCACUUUUACCUGAAGCUGAAACAUCACAAUACGUACAUCACAUUGUACAGCUUAAGGAGGACGGCGGACUGGGCAUCACGUUUGGUGAAGGGGACACACAGGAUGGAGUUGAAAUUCAGAGCAUAUCUGAACUGAAAGGACACACAGGCAAAGAAGGCUGUAUAAAACCGGGAGACAGACUCCUAGCUGUGAAUGGUGAAUCAGUGCUGGGCCACUCUGUGGAGAGGGUCAACUCUUUACUGAGGAAGGCCAAUGGUCCAGUGAAGCUAACCUUCUGUACAGAUGAGAUCUCCUCCUCCUCCUCUGCCCCCGAGUCCACCAGCCAAGCUAGGAGAGGGUCAGACGGAGCCCUUAGCAGCUUACCCAGCAUGCAUAGCGCUGCCAUGCCAACCCUGGGCCAAGCAGAGCCAGAGCAAACCAUAAGUCCAAGUCGCUCAUCAACCCCUGCCACCCUGGCUUCUGACCCUGCGACCUGUCCCAUCAUACCUGGCUGCGAGACCACCAUUGACAUCUCCAAGGGCCGGACGGGCCUGGGCCUCAGCAUCGUGGGGGGAUGUGACACCCUGCUGGGGGCCAUCAUCAUCCAUGAAGUCUAUGAAGAAGGGGCAGCCUCCAAAGAUGGCCGGCUGUGGGCAGGAGACCAAAUCCUAGAGGUAAACGGCAUUGACCUGCGUGCCGCCAGUCAUGAUGAAGCUAUCAAUGUGCUGCGCCAGACCCCCCAAAGGGUUCGGCUGACCGUCUACAGGGACGAGGCCCAGUACAAGGAGGAGGACCUUUGGGACGCCUUCACUGUGGAGCUCCACAAGAAGCCUGGCCAGGGCCUGGGCCUCAGCAUUGUGGGGCGAAGGAAUGACACUGGAGUGUUUGUGUCCGACAUAGUGAAGGGAGGUGUGGUUGAAAGUGACGGCAGGUUGAUGCAAGGAGACCAGAUCCUCUCAGUCAACGGUGAGGACAUCCGGUCAGCCACUCAGGAGGCUGUGGCUGCACUCCUCAAGUGUUGUGUGGGGCCUAUCAAAAUGGAAGUGGGCAGGUUUAAAGCAGGACCCUUCCACUCCGAGAGAAGACUGUCUCAGAGCAGCCAGAUGAGUGAAACAGGCAGUUCUAAGAUGGCUCCUCACUCCAGCUCUGAAUCCGGAAACCUUCAGGGUGACCUCGACAAACGAAGCCAGGAAUUCUUCGACCGCCAGGACAUCAGAACAGUCGAGUUCAGUAAAGGUCCCAAUGACUCUCUGGGCAUCAGUAUAGCAGGGGGAGUGGGCAGCCCUCUCGGCGACGUGCCCAUCUUCAUUGCCAUGAUGAACCCCAAUGGCUUGGCUGCCCAGACCCAAAAGUUGAAGAUAGGAGACCGGAUUGUCAGUAUCUGUGGAACUUCUGCUGAAGGCAUGAACCACACACAGGCAGUCACCAUCCUAAAGAAUGCCACAGGCACUGUCGAGCUGCAGGUAGUAACUGGGGGAGAUAACACCGUGACAGGACCUUCCCAUGAGCAGGUCGUGGGAGCCCUUACUCCCAGCUGCAUCUUCCAGGAUGACCUCGGCCCUCCUCAGUAUAAGACCAUUAGCCUCGAAAGAGGACCAGAUGGACUGGGAUUCAGUAUAGUUGGCGGGUACGGCAGCCCUCAUGGAGACCUGCCUAUUUAUGUGAAAACAGUUUUUGGAAAGGGGGCAGCAGCAGAAGACGGCCGUCUGAAGCGGGGAGACCAGAUCAUGGCUGUGAAUGGGCAGACCCUGGAGGGUGUCACACACGAGGAGGCUGUGGGCAUCCUGAAGAGGACCAAAGGGACUGUCACACUCACUGUGCUGUCAUAGACACACACACACACACACACACACACACACACACACAUACACUGUUUAUCCUGCCCUUCCAUACAAUCCUUAGCUCUCCCAAAGUGAAACCAUAGGCCUGUAUGCAAACGCAAAUCCUGAAAACUAGCAAUACGAUUCACAUAGAUAAAUAUCUGUUAUUUCUAACUCUCCCUAGUCAUGUCCUACACCUGGAUGAUUACACAAAACUCACCAGAGGCUUACAUCUGUGAAAUACGCACACUGAAGUAUGAACAACUGUUCAUGGAUAUUUAGAAAUGGCAGUAUUGUGCGUCAUAGCUUUGAACACUGUUCCUAGACUGAGGCAGGGCCAUGCAGUUAAAAGGGCUUAUAUUACCGAAACAUAUGGAAGUGUUAAGAAGAUACACGGUCUCUCCAGUAAUUCUUAAAGUAUGUAGAAAUUGUAAUGUAGUCUCGUAUAGACUGUAAAUAUUUUUGGAGGGGGAAGGCUUGGACAACUACCCCCAGCAAUCCUCCAUUCUGGACUGAAAAUAUUCACUGGACACAGUCUCUUGUCUCUUUUGUACUGUAGUUUUCUAUUCUUGCAUGUCUGGACUGUAUUAUCAUUAAUAUCACUAUCACUAUUAUUAUUAUCAUUAUAAUUAUUAUUAUUAUUGUCAUUAGAACUGAAAGCCUCGUUAGUCAUAAUCGGGGAACAUUCCCAAGAGACGAGGCCGAAUUUUCAGAUAUAUUUAAAUCGGCCUGAAGUCCAGAUUUUGAAGUGAUAUCCACAGAAUAAUCAAAGCACCGAUGAGAAAAUACCCUUGAGGCAAUUGCCAGAUGGCAGGAGUUAGGUAAUGGCUAUAUUAGCUGACAAGGGCACAAUCUGCCUUUGUGUGUUUGUGCUACUGUCGGCAUUACACUCUGCUUCAAUUUUCUUUUUUUUCCUCCUGAAGAGCUGAUGCUGCUGAAACUGCUGUUGAUCAGAUUUGGUCGUGAAGUCACUGUUGUUGUUUUUUCCCCCGCAAGAGUAGCCGCAAUUGCAAUUUUAAGUCUUAAAGGCUUAAAAGUCUGACGGCGUUGUGAGUGUGGUAAAACUUCUCUCUGAAAGCAUUCGUUUGGCAUCUGUAAAGUCUUGGUCACAGGACACUUGACUGAAGGAGGAGCUACUUGACGGAAUUAUAUUGCUGCUAAGGCAGAUGUUAUGAGGAUUUAUGCCACGUUAUUUCUUCUUUUUUUUUAAGUAUUACCUAAUAUCUUCACUUCAUGAAUGUGUUACAGAAAACAAAGAGGGACCUUUAAAAUCCAGUUUUCACUGCACAAGCGUUUCAUUCUGCCUGUAUAACUUGUCCCUGUGUAUUAUUAUAUGGGCCCGGGCUCAUUCUGGCCUGAUCCCUUUGUCAGAUAAAGUCCACUUCCACUGUAUGGUAUCUGAGGUGAUAUACCGUUUUAUCUAGUUUCACAACAAAGCGUCUAUUCCAAUUCUUAUCACUGUACGUGUGAUCCUAGCACUGUCCGACUGACAGUAUUGAAUUUGUUCACCCAACUGAAUUUAAUAAAAGUGACCUUCA